AAGUUCCACAUCUGAGCCAUCCUUGGAUUUAAACACCUAGCUACAAUGCCUGCUGAUUACAAUGGAACGUGGGAGAUGGAAUCCAAUGAAAACUUCGAAGGUUACAUGAUUGCAUUAGGCAUCGACUUUGCUACACGGAAGAUUGCAAACCACCUGAAGCAAACAAAGGAAAUUAUUCAAGAGGGAGACCAUUUCAAGACGAAAACCCUGAGCACUUUCAGGAACUACGAAGUGAAUUACACCAUAGGAGAGGAAUUUGAAGAGCACACCAAGGCGCUUGACAACCGAGUGGUGAAGACACUGGUGACCUGGGACGGUGAUAAGCUAAUCUGUGUCCAGAAAGGUGAAAAGAAAAAUAGAGGCUGGAAACAUUGGAUUGAAGGAGACAAACUGCAUCUGGAAAUUACAUGUGAAGACCAGGUGUGCCAUCAAGUCUUUAAGAAGAAAAAAUAAAUGGAUUUGAAUCUGAUCCAGCUGCAC